GUUAUCGAUGAUAACAAAAUAAACGAAACAGAAAAAGGAGCAUUUUUUCGUCAAAUUAAGUUAUUUUUUUGGUUAAUUCUCACAAAUAAUAAUAUCAGCGAGAUACAACCUGGUCAUUUAACGGGACUGAAUAGAUUAGAAACUUUGCGACUAGAUCAAAAUAAAAUAGUGACGGCGGAUUUUUCUGACCUAGAAAACAGCACCACUGUGUACUUGAUAAAUCUCGCUGAGAACAUAUCAACGACGUCUGCCUUGAAACUGCUACGACUGCCGGCGUUGACAGAAAUAAUAUUGGACAGAAAUUGCUUUGUGUCAAUAACGGGAGACUUAUUCGCCGGAUGCCUCUUUGCAAUCACUGUACAGGACAAUAACAUAAGCAACAUCGACGAGCAUGCGUUUCGAAAUUUGCAACUUGUUGAGCUCAACUUGGCCUACAACAAGGUAAUCACAAUACCGUCAAACGUGUUUCAACCCGUGAAUAAUCUGUCAAAGCUAUUAAUCGGUUAUAAUCCUGUCGCCGAAUUACCAAUAACGCUCUUUAAUCCACUGAGCAAUCUUCACUCUUUAGGCGUUGAAGAUAUAAAUAUGAACAAUGUGGACAAAAGUGUAUUCGAUAUUCUCGUAAACCUUGAUUUUAUAUACUUUAAAAAAUUUUACUAUUGUAUGACGUAUGCACCAAAAGUGAAAAACUGCAGCCCUACUAGGGAUGGUGUAUCGUCGAUGUCUCAUUUACUAGGAAAAUAUUUAUUAAGGGGUGCCGUUUGGAAAAACAUAUCUUGUCUUACUUGUCUUGGCAAUGUUCUUGUUCUUUGGGGAAAAUUCAUCGCUAAAGAGAAUCAUGUUUUAAGUAUCAUGAUUAAAAAUCUUGCAGUGUCCGACAUGUUGAUGGGAAUAUAUCUUUUCAUAAUCUUUUUACCGGGCGCCGUAGAAGACGCAAGGUCUCGCGAUAACUACAAACAGGAAGCGAGUGCGUGGAUGUCCUCGUAGUCUUGCACGCUUUUAGGAGUGUUGGCGAUGGUGUCAUCGGAGGUUUCCGUAUUCAUCCUCCCCUCAUUUAUGUCUGUGGAGCGAUAUAUUAUGAUCGCAAAUCCUUUAAGAUGUCAUCCUAUUAUAACAUCUCAAGUUGCAGCUUUGUCGAUGAUCGUUAUCUGGAUUAUCGGACUUUUCUUUGCUCUUGUGCCAGUUAUCUACUGGAGAAGCAGCACGAAAUUUUAUGGUGUCAACAGGAUGUGCUUUCCUCUGCACAUAGAUGAUCCAUACCUGAUAGGCUGGAAAUAUUCAGCGUUUAUCUUUCUGGGAGUUAAUUUCUUCGGAUUUAUGAUUAUCGGUUACGUUUACGCUGCCAUGUUUGCUAGUAUCUGGAGAACGCGCCACGCUACGCCGCUCUUUGUCGGCGAUUCCGAAUUCGCUUUCAGGUUCUUCCUAAUCGUGUUGACAGACGCGGCAUGUUGGGUACAUAUUAUAACACUGAAAAUCCUUGCAAUGACGAAAUAUCCCGUACCACGUAAGCAUAAAUACACUGUAAUGCGAGUUUUACUGAUUUGUCUCGUUUACGAUAUUGCUGGUUAUAGAGUAAAUGUCCUGACAGUGUCUCAGUUACUGGUAAUUCGAUUUUAA